AUGGACAAGGCUUUGCUUGGGGUGGAAUGGCGCUUCCUUGCACACGCCUCGGACGACGAACCUGGCUUCUCCACUGCAUGGUUGCAACAAAAAUCUUUGAAGAGGGAGGCCGACUGCAGGGAACGGGAGUACCGAAAUGGUAUCUUGGCUGGGUUUGCGAAUGAGUUCGGCAUGACCAGCAUUUUCCCGUCCCGCCGUCUCGAACAAGGCGUCGAUGAAGAUGAUGCAGAAGGCGACGACGUGGAGGAAGAACAUGACCAUGUUGUUUGCAAUAAAAAAGGUCCUUCUACUUCUUCGCGGACGGCGCCGGGCGCAUCACUGCCCCAUCGCGAUCUUCCGAUAUUACCCGAGGAUCCGCCAAUAUCCACCGUGGUCAAGACGCCCGCUCUGCCAGCUCUUGUUGCUGCUCUCAAGAAAGGGGGAGUUCGUGUGGAUGACCUACAGGGUGGAGACUCAAGGCAUGCGGAAGACACAGGAUCAUGGGAUGGCGUAGACUUGGCGUCUUCUCCCUGCUUACAACAAUACAUGGUGGGAGACAACAUCGAAGAUGUCGAAAGCGCUGCGGGCAACGUGGGUGUGCAAGAACGGGUGUACGGUCGACCAAGCACGGCGCAAGUCCCGGUCAGACCGAGCACGCCCCCGACACUUUUGGUUUACAAGCCUUGCAUAAGCAUCAAGGUUGCCGACAACGUGCCGAGCGAGCUCCAGGCCAUGUCGAAACUGCUCGAAAUGAAGGAAAAACGGCCUACAGAUCUGGGACCAAGUUCUCCAUGGACCAUCGGUUGA